UCAGAUAUCGUUCAGUUACUGCCUCUCUUAGCGGCGGGUAGGCCUACAUCCUAUGUGAUAUGGAGCAUUGUGGCCUUAAUUAAAUGGGGAAAUUUACGAGCAAUAUCAUUUCUUAUGACUCAUUUUUGUAGAUAUGACACUCCAUUAGUGGUGUGCACCGCCAGCCGUCAAAUAUACGUUAUUUUCUCCAAAUAGGACAAAGGACGCGCACGCUACAAUAAUGGCCACGUACAGCUGUGCUGAUACUGUUUCAAAUCUGCCCGUUCAUUUUCGAAAUCACACUGUUGGAUUGAUGUUAACGGUCGCCGGUGUCGUUCCUCAAUUCGGAAUGUAAGGACUGACCACGACUUUUGUGGACUACAGCAAAAGUAAUAUCACAGAAAGAUUGGAAUAGUCUGCGGGUGGUAUCUUUCAUAAGGCCUGUUAGUGACGCUGGCUGGGCUUGGCCACUCCUCCCCAGUCUCUCCCCCUCCAUCACCCUCCCCUUCUACUCAUUCUCUCCUGCUUCUGCCACCACCAUGCCCUCUGUCCCCUGCUGCACCACCUAUCCUGUGGAAAGUGCCUGUCCGCCCCGGUAGGAUGCCCGAGUCGCCCUGCUGUGCCCUGCGCCCCCUCCUGCCCGCCUCCACCACUACCAACGCCGUUUCCUCCUCCUCCGCUGUGACCUCUCCUCUCGCCGCCGCCCCGCCCCCCGAUGGCAUCGUCCCCGCGCUCCGCCAUGGAUGAGGAUGAGGUGAGCGAAGUGAUCAGCACCAACGCGCUGGCCUGGCUGGUGUGCUCAGCCGUGUCCAUCCUGGCCAACGCCUGGGGCAUCCUGAGCGUCAGCGCCAAGCAGAAGAAGUGGAAGCCGCUGGAGUUCCUCAUCUGCACGCUGGCCGGCACGCACAUCCUUAACAUGGCCAUCCCCAUCACCAUGUACUGCGUCAUCACCCUGCGCCGACAGCACUCCAGCUACCAAUGGAACGAGGGCCUGUGCAAGGUGUUCGUGUCCACCUUCUACACCCUGACGCUGGUCACCUGCUUCUCAGUCACCUCACUCUCCUACCACCGCAUGUGGAUGGUACGCUGGCCCGUCAACUACAGGUUGAGUAAUACCAAGAAGCAGGCGGUGCACACGGUGAUGGGCAUCUGGAUGGUGUCCUUCAUCCUGUCCACACUGCCCGCCGUGGGCUGGCACGAUACCAUCGACCGCUUCUAUGCCCGCGACUGCCGCUUCAUCGUCACGGAGAUCGGCCUGGGCUUCGGCGUGUGCUUCCUGCUGCUGAUCGGCGGCAGCGUGGCCAUGGGCAUCAUCUGCAUCGGCAUUGCCCUCUUCCAGACCUUCGCCAUCCACGCGGGCCACAAGGCCGACAAGAACAAGUUCAACGUGCCCACCAUCGUAGUGGAGGACGCUCAGGGCAAGCGGCGCUCGUCCAUCGACGGCUCGGAAUCGCUCAAGACCUCGCUGCAGAUCACCUACCUGAUCAGCGGCAUCGUCUUCAUUUAUGACUUCCUCACCGGCUUCCCCAUCCUGGUGGUGAGCUUUACCAGUCUGAAGUAUGACCGCUCCUACAGCUGGAUGGUGCUGUGCGUGCUGUGGUGCUCCAUCGCUCAGUCCAUCCUGCUGCCCAUGUUCUUGUGGGCGUGCGACCGCUACCGCGCAGACGUGCGCAUGGUCUGGGAGAAGUGUGUGGCCAUCAUGUCCAACGACGACGUGGACGAAGAAAACAGCCAAGAUGGAGGAAUUCAUGCGGACUUAAUAUAUGACAGACCAUAUGACUAUAGCUCCGCGGCUGAUAUCAUGACGGUAGACCGUAUUGCCAAGUACGAAUUCUCAACCUUAGAAAUGGGGGUCCCACAAGGGUAUCCAUUGCAACUACAGGAAGAUAAAAUGCAGUAUUUGCAGGUACCCCCUACAAGAAGAUUCUCCCACGACGAAACCGACAUGUGGACCAGCGGCCAGAUCCCCUCCUACCUACACCACUGGGGCUCCACAGAGGACGUGAUGGGGAUGGUCCAUUACAACUCCAGCUUGCCACGCCACGAGAGGCGCAGGAGCAGCCCGGUCUCCUACCACGAGGAGAGCCACCCGCACCGCAAGCGCCGGCGCUCAGAGGAUAGCGGGCACAUGCUCAAGCAGCUGCCGCGGGUGAGCGGUGGCGAGCGCUACGAGGAGGCAGAUUUGCGCUGCUUUAGCCGCGACGAGGUCAUCAACUUUAUCGAUGAGACCCCGCUUCCCAGUCCCAUGAAGAGCCCACGCCGCACCUCCACCAUUUCCCUCAUCCCAGACGUCUACGAGCAGCACAUCAUCUUGUAUCCGCAUUUCCCACUCACCGAUUUUGAGCGUGAGCCCCAUGCCCUGCGGCGCCUCUCGCAGCAUGGCAGGAGCUGUAGUCGGGGAGGGUCACCAGAUGGCUCACACAGGGCAGACAGGGCGUGCGGUGGGGAAAGCUCCGGGGCAUGCCGUUCAGGUUCCCUCCGUGAGCACCGGCGGGAUGGGAAGCGCCAUGGCGAACUAGUCCCCGCGGGGCAAAGCCUGCGGACUGGGGAGCACUCGUCUCACAGGCCCAGCAGGACAGGAGCCCACAGAGCUGGGCCCGACUGGGGGGGACACAAGCACCUGACUACGGGAGACAGUAAAGGGAGCACAAAUAGUUUUAUAAGCUCACCUUCUGCAUCAGCCUCGGGAUAUAUCACAUUUCACUCAGAUUCCAUAGGAUCUGCCACCUAGAUAGAGUAGAGAAAGUUUUUAUUAUAAAUAUUAUUAGUAUUAUUAUUACAGAACCAUGGCAUUGGGGUGGUGUAAAGAUUUCAUACUGGUAUAUCCUAAAUAAUGGUUGAUUUUUUUCAGCCAAACUAAACUCCCAAAGCCAGGACUUAUACUCUGUUUUAUUGGCCUUAAAGCUUUGUACACAUUUCAUGACCUGCCUACCUUUGCUUUAGUACCUGGUAGGCUAGACAACGUAGCAACUUUGAAAGAGGCUGUGCAAUUCCUGGGAGGCAGUGAGCUCCACCACAUAGUGACUCGAACACAUUGCUUUUAGUAAACCCAUACUAACAUCUCCUUUUAAUCUUGUGCAUAUUCCACUCUUUUAUUUUGUGUCAUUUAUUGUACGAGGAUUGGGGGGGGGGAUUGGUAUUUUGAUAUUUUUUUGCACUUCAAAAUCUCAGAUAUUGUGUAAGGUGUUAUGAGAUGAGAGGGCAAUGCCAAAACAGGCCAUGUUCUUAUUUGUUGUGGUUAUGACGUGUCUAUUUGAUGGAUGAUCAUUUGCUAGAUUUUUGAUCGAAAUAAACAAGGAAGAGAGGGAAUGUUUUUAGGAAAUAUACAAAACUUUAUUUCUUCGUGAAGGAAGCCCUCUGAUGUUGUGUUGUGGCCUAUCGUUAAAUAUCCUAUACAAAGACAUUAUUGCAAAUUGCCUCACUUCAGUGUCAUUUUCUACAUGGUUGUGUAAGAAGAAUUUCUACCAUGACGUCCCUUAGACACUUUGAAAAAGUUAACUCGGCGUGGAGUGGAUGUGACGUGUACAUAAUGAACGUUACAGGUACAUUGGAUGUAUGGUUUGGUGUGCUCCUCGUUCUUUCAUUGAGGAUUUGACCGGGAUGUGUUCUUGUUUCCUCUUAUAAAUACUGUCAUUCGAUAUUUAUGAUUACAAAUGUGUAACAGUGGUCAGCACACGCACAGAUAUUCAUGCAGACAUACAUAAUACGACAUACAUCAGCCGUCAACAGUAGCUUAACCUCAUCAAAUGGUGCUUGACACUUGGCAGCAGAGUGUUGGUCAAUCUGUAUAUCCCUAGAUUGGCCCCAGUGGCCCUUUUAGGAAGCACCAGGAUGUGCAGAGGAAAAUCCUCCAGACCAGGGGUGCAUCUCAAUAGUCUGAAUUGGUCUCCAAGCCUCCUUGUCUCCUCUCGAUCGGCACAGAUAUCAAAUGAUAAGGUAAAUCUUGCAAUCAGUUUACACCUUUCCCAUUCUUUCAGCUCAGUGAGGAUGAAGAAAGGAGACGAGGAGAGGGAGUCACUACACUAUUGAGAUGCACCCAAUGGCUCAUGUCCAAAACAUCUGCCAUAUCCCAAUUUGAAAGAUGUAACUCAGACAUUCACAUAAAUCAGUCAUUGAUGUCAAUGUGAUAUUUCUGGGAGGUAAAAUUAUGCAUGCAGAUCUCAAAUUAGGAUUGCACCUCCUUUUGCUGAGCUGCAUCUAAAUAGUCUAAAAUAGUGUCUAUUAAAAAGGAUGAGGGCCACAUUUAGUCCAGGAUGGAGCUUUAAUCUGCUACUGGCACAUACUUGCACCAUAGAAAUAGAAUUCCAUGUCAGUCAUACUAAGUGUACCAAUGAGGGUACAGUCAAACUGCAAUGGUCUGAGGGUCUUCCCCGUUCUAGGGAUUCUAUUUCUAUUGCUUUAACUGUGACCAAUCAGUGAAUCUGGAUCGAAGGACCAUGAAUAGAAGUACAGGUUCUCUGGGUGACCUCGACUAGAACGAGGUGCUUUUUCAGAGAAUGUUUGACAUGCCAAAGGGUGGCCAGUAAGAAGUGAAGCCAAGCAUGGCUGAAGGAACGUGAAUGGUGUUCAUUAAAUUCACCACCACCAAUGCACUCCAGUGUUUAUAGAGUAUGUGGUUCACUGGUGGUGUGGGUACACAUUUAUAUUCCUUUUUGCUUUGACAUCCUUGGCUUAAAUUCUUACAAAACUCUUGGGAAACACUUGAAAUCGGGGUCCAUCAGGUGUAUAAGACCAUUGAGGCAUGAUGGACCAAGGCAACUGAGUCUUCCUCAUGCUGGAAAGAUUUGAAUUCUAUUGAUAACUUGUUAUUGCAAAUGUUUUCAACUUUAAAAUGUAAUAUUCCCCAAAUAUGUUAAUUUGGCAGUUCUAAAAUCCUAAGUUUGACAUUUGACAUGAAUGUAUUUAGACAAGUUUUGUGUAGGUUUGCAGAUCAAUUCAUUAAAUGGAGUGAUAGUACUUUCAACUCGCAGUGUGCCCCAAUUAACCCUUUUAUAGCCUCAUUAUGUUGUAAAAAAUCCUCGACUUUCUAUGAGGCACACACACAUUGGUAUUAUAAUGCAUCAUAGUGAUGUAUUAUAAGGAUGUUAUAACUACUUGGAGUUAUGACAGCUUAUAAUAUGCAUUAUAAUGCACUAUAAGAGUAUGGAGUUAAAUGCUAGCCUGGGUACCAGUCUCUUUCUGCUAACAUUCCACUCCUUGUACUCUGUGUCAUAUGCCAAACAUUUGGCAUAUAAGCUAAACAUUUGGCAUAUGACAUAAAUGCGGUUAAGAGGUCAAUGGAACGCAGACCAUGGGGUAUAGAAACACGCUCGAUUGGUGCACAUUCAACAAAGUGGAUAUAUAUACAGUACCUGUCAAAAGUUUGAACACACCUUUUCUUUAUUUGUACUAUUUUCUACAUUGUCAAAUAAUAGUGAUGACAUCAAAACUAUGAAAUAACACAAAUGGAAUCAUGUAGUAACCAAAUAAGUGUUACACGAAUGAAAAUAUAUUUUAUAUUUGAGAUUCUUCAAAGUAGCCACCCUUUUGCCUUUUUGACAGCUUUGUACAUUCUUGGCAUUCUCUCAACCAACUUAAUGAGGAAUGCUUUUCCAACAGUCUUGAAGGAGUUCCCACAUAUGCUGAGUACUUGUUGGCUGCUUUUCCUUCACUUUGUGGUCCAACUCAACCCAAACCAUCUCAAUCGGGUUGAGGUCGGUUGAUUGUGGAGGCUAGGUCAUCUGAUGCAGCACUCCAUCACUCUCCUUCUUGGUCAAAUAGCCCUUACACAGUGUGUUUUGGGUCAUUGUCCUAUUGAAAAACAAAUGAUAGUCCCACUAAGUGCAAACCAGAUGGGAUGGCGUAUCCCUGCAGAAUGCUGUGGUAGACAUGCUGGUUAAGUGUGCCUUGAAUUCUAAAUAAAUCACAGACAGUUUCACCAGCAACGCACCCCCACACAAUCACACCUCCUCCUCCAUGCUUCACGAGGGAGCCAAACAUGCAGAGAUCAUCCGUUCACCUACUCUACGUCUCACAAAGACACCGGUUGGUUACCAAAAUCUCAAAUUUGGACUCAUCAGACCAAAGGACAAAUUUCCACCGGUCUAAUGUUCAUUGCUCGUGUUUCUUGGCCCAAGCAAGUCUCUUCUUAUUAUUGGUGUCCUUUAGUAGUGGUUUCUGUGCAGCAAUUUGACCAUGAAGGCCUGAUUAUCACAGUCUCCUUUGAACAGUUGAUGUUGAGAUGUGUCUGUUACUUGAACUCUGUGAAGCAUUUGUUUGGGCUGCAACCUGAGGUGCAGUUAAUGAACGUAUCCUUUGCAGCAGAGGUAACUCUGGGUCUUCCAUUCCUGUGGCUGUCCUCAUGAGAGCCAGUUUCAUUAAAGCACUUUAUGGUUUUUGCGACUGCACUUGAAGAAACUUUCAAAGAACUUUCAAAGAAUUUACUGACCUUGUCUUAAAGUAAUGAUGGACUGUAAUUUAUCUGCUCGUUUGAGCUGUUCUUGCCAUAAUAUGGACUUGGUCUUUUACCACAUAUGGCUAUCUUCUGUAUACCACCCCUACCUUGUCACAACACAACUGGUUGGCUCAAAGGCAAAAAUAAAUUCCACAAAUUAACUUUUAACAAGGCACACCUGUUAAUUUAAAUGCAUUCCAUGUGAUGCAUUCGUGAAGCUGGUUGAGAGAAUGCCAAGAGUGUGUAACGCUGUCAUCAAGGCAAAGGGUGACUACUUUGAAGAACCUCAUAUAAAAUAUAUUUUGAUUUGUUUUGAUCACUUUUUGGGUUACUACAUGAUUCCAUAUGUGUUAUUUCAUACUUUUGAUGUCUUCCCUAUUAUUCUACAAUGUAGAAAAUAGUUUUUAAAAAAUAAAUAAAAACUAUUGAAUAAGUAUGUGUCCAAACUUUUGACUGGUUCUUGUUAUGUAUAUAUUUGUACCUUUAUUUUAUCAGGAAGUCAUACUGACACCAAGGUCUCUUUUACAGAUGAGCCAUUAAUUACAUACAUUAUAGAAAAUACACAUGAAAAUAUAAAUACAAGCAGAAAUAAAUAAAUAAAAACACAUUCAUCAGUAAUAAGCAAUAAGGAUAUUUGUCAAAUCCGUCAUGAUUAAUGUAUUGUAACAGGCACACAAUGUGAUUACUAAAGUCCGAUUUUUAUAUUUUUGACUCUUUUCGUUGCAUAACAGUUAGGCUAGUUGUCCCUUUUCAAGUUUAGAAGUGACUACUAAUUGCUAAAUGGUAUUCCUAUAAACUGAUAGCAUAGCUAAAUUAGCAUACAGAAAUCGGUGACAUUAGUCAAAGUCGUUUUUAAGCAGUUGAUUUAUGAUGAUGACAUGAUGGAAAUGUAUUGGGGUUGACAUCCAUACAAGCAUUAUACUCCGAUGUUUACCCCAACAUAGUGUGAAAUACACAUAUAAACAAUAGUCUAAAUGUAGGCAAAUGUUGUUGUUGGACAAUGAGGAGAUUAGGGAUCUUUCCCCCACAGCAUCUUUCCCCCACGCGUUUCCAUGGUAUUCCCAUUGUUUUGGUCGAGUUCAAUUGACCUCAGGCUAGAUAAAUGCACUUAUAAGGUAUACUGUGUGUGUGCCUCAUAGAAAGUGUGCUAUUAUCAUAAUACUUUGCUUACAAAUGUUUUGCAUACACAUUAAGCUAAUUUGUUUCUAUAGCAUAAGUCAUACUCCAAAGUCCAGGUUAUUAAUUUAGGUUAGCCUGUUAAUUGUGCACCUCUCACCCCUUGUUCAAUAUUCAAAUGAAUAUCAUAAUGUGAACACCUUUCUUUGAAAGUAUUGCCGUCUUUAUAUUCCCUUUUCGAAAUAUGCCACGUCAUUGACUUUUUCUGCAUUAUGUUUUUCUCUGUGUUUACAGUAGCCUACCUAUUUAUCAGAAUCUAAUUUUGUAACAUAUCCUGCUCUGUUAAAGCUUUUAUGACUGUCAAUCCUAUGAACAAUAUUUGGUGUUUUUGUUGCUCAGAUGAUGGUUUUGUUAAAAGGAUAAAGAUCUAUUUCGAAUCAAAGUUGCAGUGGGAAAAAAACACUUUAUUAGUUUGAAAUCGUUGAAAGUGAGUUUUGCGUUUGUAUUUUGAAUUGUUUUUUUGUUUUUGUUUUUUUCCGUGAGGUGCACAUCAACCAUAUUAGAGUUUGAUUCACAACACGGUUUUAUUGAAUUGAUGUUCACACUUCUUUGAGAUAAUUCGAGAUAUUAUUCUGUACGGACCAGAAAAAAAUAAAGCAGAUGUUUCGACAUA